AUGUCAGCAGGUAGUCAAAAGAAGCUAGCGAUUAGGAACAAAUCGAUAUUGUACCAAUUACGUUACAUCGCAGCAACAGUCAAUCUUAUCGCCAUCAUUGCAAUUUUUUACUUUAGUCGUCCAUCAAGAUCCAUCACAUACAUAUUAUUAUCCAUUCCUAGUUUUGUCCUCCAAUAUGUAUUAGAAUCAUCAGGCUCGCCUAAGAUUGGCCCCGAUGGGAAAGUAAUUGCUUCUGGUGCCGAUAUUUUACAAAAGGGCUCAUUAUUUGAGUAUUGUUUCGAUAUUAUUUAUUUGACUUGGAUUUUGGAUGUGUUGAUGAUUGUUUUGGGAAGUAAUAAAGUAUGGUGGGGAUAUGUAAUGAUCCCUGGGUAUGCCAUCUACAAGAUAAGUGGGUUCGUUUUGCCCUUCUUUAAAAAAACAGGUGGAGCAGCCCAACAAAAUGAAGUUGAUGGGGAUGUUUCUGGUUCUGCUACAAGGAAAGACAAUUCGGGGUUAAGUAAACGUCAGCAGAAGUUGAAAGCAAGACAAGAAAAAGGGCCCGCUGUUAGAUAUAGGUAG